AUGCAUUUCUUUAAUAAGAAAGGGCACUUUAAUUGUGUGAAAACAUAUAAGAAUAAUAUAAAAACAAUUAUAAAUAAUAAAAAGAAAGGAGAUGAUUAUUUAUUUAUGAAUAAGAUAAAAUAUAAAGAAAAAAAGAAAAUAUGUUUUAAAAAUAUAUUCUUACCAGUAUGUGUAGUAAAUUUUAGUAUAUUUUCUUUUACUUUAUAUAAUUAUUUUAAAAAAAAUGACGAAAAUUAUUUUGUUACAAAUGAAAUAACAGUUAUAGAUCAUUUUGUUUUGUAUGACUUCAUAAGUACUUUGGGUGUAAAUAAUAUAUCUAUAUAUUUAAAAAAUAAAUUUUAUGAAAAAUUAUUUUUGAAUAUUCAAAAUGAAGAAUAUAUUCCAAAGCAAAAUUCUUUAUUGGGGUUAAUUGAAACGAUUUAUAAAAAUAAAAAAAAUAAAAUAAAACUUUCUAAUGAUAUGAAUCGUAAGAAUGAUAAAAUAAAAGAAGAAGACAAUAAACAAAAGGAUUAUUAUAUUAAUGAGAUAUAUGAUGAUAUAAAUAAUAAUACAAAUAAUAAAAACAUAUCUAUGAAUAUAAAUAAUAAAAACAUAUCUAUGAAUAUAAAUAUGCAUAAUAAAAAUAUUAUAAAUAAUGCUCAUUAUGAUCCUUUUAUAUAUUUCCUUUUUGAAAAUAUAAAAAAUAAUAAUAUAAAUCAUACAAAAAAGAAAAUCUUAUCAUCCAUCUUAUUUUAU